CGCGGCAUGGAGCUCAAGGUCUGGGUGGACGGCAUCCAGCGCGUGGUGUGCGGCGUCUCCCAGCAAACCACCUGCCAGGAGGUGGUGGUCGCCCUGGCGCGGGCCAUAGGUCAGACGGGACGCUAUGUCCUGGUGCAGAAGCUGCGGGAGAAGGAGAGGCAGCUCCUGCCGCUCGAGUGCCCGCUGGAGUCACUGGCCAAGUGCGGGCAGUAUGCGAACGACGUGCAGUUCGUGCUGCGGCGCACGGGGCCCAGCGUGGCCGAGCGGCCCUCCUCGGACGGUGCUCCCCACGCUCCCGAGCGGACGUUCAUCCGGGCCAGCCUGCCCAUCAAACCCAGGCCCAUGAGCACCGAAGUGCCCCGCUCCCGGGAGCCAAAGAAAGCCAUGACCUUCAACUUGGGCCCUAUGGGCUCCGGCGAGCUGUUCGCCAAGAGCCGGUGGAGGCAGCAUGUGUGGGAAGGGAUGGACUUCAAGGAGGGCGCUGGGGCUGGUCAGGCCUCCAAGGAGGAGCUGUUCAAGACUGUGCUGCGCCAGCAGGAGCAGCUGCACUCCUUGGAGGUCCAUGAGGACUCCUUGGAGAUGGACCUGCGGCACUGGGAGCACAGCAGGGUGCCCAGCCAGGAGGACGAGAUCUUCUUCUUGGAGCAGCUCGUGCGGCGCAACGAGACGGAGCUGGGCGAGGAGGAGUUCUGGCAGAGCGAGCUGCGGCUGGAGAAGGAGUGUGAGCGUGAGAGGCAGGAGCGGGUGAGGAGCCUGCGGGCCAGCUUGGAGGACUACACGCAGAGGAUCUAUGAGCUGAGCGCCCGCACGGAGGCCCUGCAGAAGGAGAUCCAGUGGGAGAUGGCCGAGAGGGCCAAGAGGGGCAAGGAGACCCCCGGGCCGAGCACCGCAGAUCUGGAGGACAUGGCUGCUAAAAUGAAGAGGGAUCUGGAGGCCAAGGUUAAGCAGGGCACGCAGCUGGAGAGCAACCUGGCCAGCGUGGAGAAGGCCUUGGAGGAAGCAGAGAGGAACCUGCAGGCCCAGAACCGGGAGCUGGAGGAGCUGAACAAGGAGCUGCGGCAGUGUAACCUGCAGCAGUUCAUUCAGCAGACGGGAGCCACGGUGACGGUGGCGCCGGCACGGCCGGAGGAGGACGCCCCGCUGGGACGCGCUGGCUGCGAGGCCCCGGCGCAGCCGCCGCACGGAGUGGUGUCGUCCAGGCAGAGCAUCUGGAGGUAGACGGGUCCGGCCGGCACGGGAGCAGUUGCCCUUUGAGCACAACUGUAUAAAUGGAACCCUUUUCCCUAUAUAGAUAUAUAUUUUUUACUGCUUUGUAUUACGAAUGGAUGUGGAUGUGUGGAUGGCCGGAUGAAGAAUUUUUGCAGAUGGCAAAAGAACAUGGAAACCAACCAGCCAGAGUGGCCUUCUUCCCCGGCAGAUGCAAACAGACUCUUUCUAUUUUUUUAAAAGUGCUUUCUAUGUUGAGCGGCAAACGGGGAGCACUCACCUUCGCCAGCAGCCCGUGGCGGGUUUUGAGGAGCCCUCGCUCCUGGGAGGAGCAGAGAGCUCCCGGGCUGGGAAGGUGGCAGAGCUGGAGCCAGGUCCCUGCUGCACGCUCAGCCUCCCCGGUGGGCUGCGCACCUCGCCUCGCCUCGUCUCAACUCGCCUCACCUCGCUCACAGGGGUUUCCACGCUGGCUUUCCGAAGGGGAGCCUGGAAAGGUGCCGUUUGCUGCAGCUCGGCCCCAUCGGCAUCCACCAGCUCCAUGGCCGGAGCGGUGCCCUGACUCCGGCCAGCGCGGGCCUGGCCCAUCUGGCAAACAGCCUCUUCGGUGGCCGCGGGGUGCCCAGGAGCAGCCUCUCAGGCAGCUUUCUGCCCCUUUUUUUCUGCACGACCUGUAGCAGAAGGGCAAAGAGAGGCUGUUUCCUUGCAGGAAGGAGCUGGGGAUGUUUCCCUCUGGAUUUCUUUCUGUUAUGGCCAGUACAGUUACGCUCGUCUUCGUCUGUCUGUCUGUCCCAACAGGUCAUACCAGAUUUUAGUGGUGAAGCCAAAGGGGCUGGGAGGGGA